AUGGAGGCCACAGCUCUUCGAUCAUGGGAGCUGGACAACAAUGUCCAGCUGGUUGACGCCAAGCGGGAUGCACUCUACAACUACGAUGCCGACGUCCAAAGGGACAUCGCCAACGCUCGCCCGUGGCUCAAGGAUGCAAACUACUUCAAGUAUGUGAGGAUCAGCGCCGUUGCCCUCAUCAAAAUGACGAUGCAUGCGCGGUCUGGAGGCUCGCUGGAAGUCAUGGGCCUGAUGCAGGGCUACAUCGAUGGAGAAACCUUUGUGGUGACGGAUGCUUUCCGACUGCCUGUGGAAGGUACCGAGACUCGAGUCAACGCACAGAACGAAGCGAACGAAUAUUUGAUUGAAUAUCUGGACCUCAGCCGCGCACAGGGCAGGCAAGAGAACGUCGUUGGAUGGUAUCACAGCCAUCCGGGAUACGGAUGCUGGCUCAGCGGCAUCGAUGUCGAGACGGAGGCGCUGCAGCAGCAGUUCCAGGACCCCUUCUUGGCUGUGGUUAUUGACCCCGAUCGCACCAUCAGCGCCGGAAAGGUCGAGAUUGGGGCAUUCCGGACUUAUCCUGCCAAUUACAAACCGGAGGGUGCCAUUGGAUAUUCGUCAGACGGGUUCCAGGCAGUCCCUCUAGAUAAAGCCGCCGAGUUUGGCGCUCACUCCAGUCGUUACUACAGCCUCGAUGUUUCUCAUUUCAAGAGCACGCUCGACUCUCACCUCCUGGAGCUCCUGUGGCACAAGUAUUGGGUGCAGACGCUAAGCCAGAGCCCGCUGGUGACGAAUCGCGACUUUGGCACCAAACAAAUACUGGACCUGAGCUCCAAAAUCAAAGAGGCAACCUCCAACAUUAUGCGGUCUAGGGUUAGUCAGGCAGCAGUGGUGAGCGGAAGAGGCACCGACAAAGCAGUGGAAAAGCUGGCUCAAGAUGCAAAUCUGGUUGCCACGAAGGAGAUGUCUGGAUUGAUGGCAGCCCAGAUCAAGGCUAAAGUGUUUAAUGAUUUGGGCACCCCGUCAGCAGCACCAAGGGCAACGGCAACCGGCGAAAUAACCAAGUAG